AUGGAGCUUGAUGAAUAUUACAGCAUAGAUUCCAUAUUAGCAGAGCAACAAAAAAUACCAUGCAUCACAUUACACGAUUACAGCAAAGAAGCUAACUUGAAUGGUGAUCAUUCAGAGUUAAAGAGAGGCUCGCGCGUGGAAUUACCCUACUGGAUAGCGAAACCAUUAGCCCAAUUUACAUUACCUACAGACGACUCCCUUAUAUCCAUUGAAUUACCCAAAACAUACAGCACCAAAGUCAGAAAUGUCCUGGAUGCAAGCCCUACCAGUGUAGAUUUCAAGUUGUUAUGUCCCUAUUUCUAUCUGUUUGGCAGGAAAUUAUUAGACUUGGUUGUGGAUGACUCAUUGACAAGUGUAUUGGAAAAGGCUUUCAAGACUCGACUGCGAGAUGUUAUGGAUUUUUCACAAUCCAUUGGAUCUGCAACAGGACAAAUCUAUCUCCAGAAACUAGAUGAAACCGAGAAAGAAUUGUAUCGAGUAGGUCAGGAAAGUGCGCUACAAUUUAUACAAUGGCGAGAUAGAUCAGCUCAGCGCAUAAAGACGGUAGAGCUGGGAGCACGCUCUUGA